GACUCUCCCUUGUCAGUCUCCUGUAUCAGUCAAUCCCUUUAUCUGACACUUUGGACUCUCGCUUGUCAGGACUCUGAGAUUAGGCCUCAAGGUUGCCCUUACAAUGGAGACCUUGCUGCAAUUUUUCACUGACUCUCAUGGGCCAUUUUUGCAGGUCUCGGCAGGCCCUUGCUGCCUAACACCGCUUAUAUGUAGUAGCAAACUUGGUGGAUUAAUGCUGCUAGGGAACAGUAUCAGCCUCGCAGUAAGUUUUUGCUGUCUGUUGCCCUUUCAUCUUGUUCGGCGGUUUCCUG